GCACACACACACGCCCUCUCUCACACACAAUGGGACUAAAAUAGCGGCGAACCUCCGGGUUAAUGUGCACCAAUGGCCAGCGAGCCACUUACAGAGGCGAGCGCAUCAGUGCCACAGGUGAUCAGAGGUGAGGGCGCAGGGAUGGGAGACUCCGAGGCUCCCGGCUGCUGCUGCGCACAACUAAAAUAAAUAAACUUAUCAUGUAAAGAGCGUGGAUUCCGUCACGUCACUUCGCGGGAGAUGAUGAGACAGCAGCGAGUGCGUCUGCAAGCUGAGGAGAGCCGAUGAAGCAGCCGAGUUCUUCUGCGCGUCUCCCUUUACGCACAGGCGAUGUGAAGACGGGGGACUUCACAUCGAGGUAAAAGACCGCCGCAAGAGGAGCACAGACUCGGAAGAAGCCCGCGCAAGUUUCAAAAAGUGUAUUUUUUACUAAAGAAAAGCCAGGAUGGAGACAGAUGAUGGAUCAUCCGGGUUGGCCAAGUCCGCCGCGGUGAAGCUCUCCGAGAUGGGUGAGAGGACCAAGCAGCUGGGCACCGCGAUGAGAGACCCGCACCAGCAGAGGCGAAUCAUCCUGGUCAUCGUCUGCGUGGCUUUGCUGCUGGACAACAUGCUCUACAUGGUGAUAGUGCCCAUCAUCCCGGACUACCUCGCUGACCUGGAGAGCGAGCAGACCGAGCACGUCCACUUGGUCAUGCACCCCAACACCUCUACCAACAGCACAAGUCCAUCCAAAAACAACCUAGACGUGCAGAUCGGAGUUCUAUUCGCGUCUAAAGCCAUUCUCCAGCUCCUAGUCAAUCCUCUGUCUGGGACCUUCAUAGACCGGGUCGGGUAUGACAUCCCCCUGCUCAUCGGGCUCAGCGUCAUGUUCGUCUCCACCUGUAUAUUCGCUUUCGGGGAGAACUAUGCCACUUUGUUUGUGGCCAGAAGUUUGCAAGGACUCGGCUCGGCCUUCGCGGACACAUCUGGACUGGCCAUGAUCGCGGACAAGUACACGGAGGAAGCGGAGAGGAGUCGCGCUUUGGGCAUCGCCCUGGCGUUCAUCUCUUUCGGGAGCCUGGUGGCACCUCCUUUCGGAGGGGUCCUGUACGAGUUCGCGGGCAAAAGAGUUCCCUUCAUCGUGUUGGCUUGCAUCUGCUUGGCAGACGGGUUCUUGUUCCUCACUCUGAUCAAGCCCCUCACCAACAGGACUAGAGAGAACAUGCCAGUCGGCACCCCCAUCUACAGACUCAUGAUCGACCCCUACAUCGCAGUUGUGGCAGGGGCUCUGACCGUGUGCAACAUCCCGCUGGCCUUUCUGGAGCCCACCAUCGCCAACUGGAUGGAGACCACCAUGCACUCCACGCAGUGGGAGAUGGGUCUCACAUGGCUGCCUGCGUUCUUCCCGCACGUCCUCGGUGUGUACAUCACCGUCAAACUAGCCGCGCAGCAUCCGAAUCUGCAGUGGUUCUACGGCGCAGUGGGGAUGGUCAUCAUAGGCGCCAGCUCCUGCACUGUCCCGGCGUGCAAAACUUUUGGGCAACUCAUCGCGCCCCUGUGCGGGAUCUGCUUUGGCAUCGCGCUCGUGGACACGGCGCUGCUGCCCACCCUUGCGUUCCUGGUGGACGUGCGCCACGUGUCCGUGUACGGUAGUGUCUACGCUAUAGCCGACAUCUCCUAUUCUGUGGCGUAUGCCAUGGGGCCAAUAGUCGCGGGGCAGAUCGUGCACAAUUUAGGCUUCGUGCAGCUCAACUUGGGCAUGGGUCUCGUCAAUGUGCUUUACGCACCAGCUCUGCUGCUGCUGCGCAACGUGUGCCAAAUGAAACCGUCCUAUUCCGAGAGAGAUAACCUUUUAGAAGAAGCGCCACAGGGGCUUUACGAUACCAUCAAAAUGGAAGAGAGGAGGGGCAAAAAGAAGGGCUACAGUUCAGCGGGGAAUUGCCUGCCGGUGGAUGAAAAUGGGUUCGAUCCCUUUAGAGCACAAAUGUCUCCGUCGGAGGAGUCGUCCGGUCCGGACUACGCUUAACACCCCGGUGUGGCGCGAUGAAGUCGGAAUCAAAGCACAUAUUAAGACUAGUUUUCUGUGCGUGCCGAUGUGCAAUAUCCAUGGUGCGUUCAUUUGCUGCUCGGAAAUUACGCACACUUGGCCAGAACGUCAACAAAACGGCAUGUUAAAAAUUCGACUCGGUGAGCACAACCGUGAAAUAAGCCUUAUGAAAAUGCAAUGAUGAGCACGUAAAUACACAAACGUGUUUGUGUAUUUACGCAGUAAUACUGUCACGCCAGAGUUAAUUUGUUUUACAAACAACAAGAGAAUAUGUUACCGUAGAUGAAUAUCGUAUCAAAACACCACUAUAAAUAAAUAUCGCAAAGCACAACCUCUAAACUUUUGUAGGAAAUGUUACGUUCAAUUUAAGCACAAAAUAAAAAAAAACGUUUAAUAUAUUACCGAAUAAAUGUAAUCAAUAAAGCGAAGGUCACAAACGGAAGUUUCCAACGACGUGACAAAGCUCGAUCAUUUCCCCCGGACUCUUUCCCAAUCGUCCCAACAGCACACGAACGCACCACAACACCCAGCCACCAAAAUCACGACCUGUUUUAUCCAAAGUUCUUUUUUUGUGAUUGUCCAAAAAGAAGUCUAUGUCGUCACGUCGGCGUUUUGUGUGAUUGUAAAAAGGUAUAAAUAGAUAUAUCAUGAUUCUAAGGGACCAACGUUACGCGGCACAACACAUACUAAACCAUAGCCUCUAUUUUCAUUCAUGACUUUUCUUACUAGCACUUCAAAAGGCCGGUUUUGUUCCUUCGGACGCUUAUUUUCAAAGUAGGCCUGUUUUGUUAUUCGCAUUUAAAUGUAUGAUAAGUGUGUGUUAUUUUUUGUACAUAUGUGUAUAAACAGAAUGCACAAAGGAAACCGUGUGUAUGUUUGUGCGUGUGAAACAUUUUUGUCUGAUCUGAGAUGAUGACAUGUAUUUCUUUGUUCAAUGUCGUUUUAAUAAAUCUGUUUGUAUAUG